GAAUGCUCCAUACUGUCGCUUUGCAAGUGCUAGCAAAGAUGGUGACAGUCGCACAUGGGACAUUUCUUUGAGGAGAUGUGUUAUUUGUAUUAGUGACCACACACAAGCAGUAACUCACGUGGAAUGGGGCUGAUAAAAAAAACUUGUGUGAAAUGGGUGGGGAGGGAAUGAUAUAUACAGGCUCUCAGGAAGUACCAUUGAAGUCUGGGAAACUACUCAAGGGAAGCUAAUUUGUGAAUUGAAGGGUCAUGGGCGUUGGGUCAAUUCCAUUGCAUUGAGCACUACUGAAUAUGUUCUUCAAACUGGAGCUUUUGAUCAUACUGGGAGACAAUAUUCUUCUCCAGAGGAAAUGCAAAAGGUAGCUUGCUGUUGGGUUUAAUUAUUGCAUUAGUUAUACUUAUCUCAGUGCAAUUACUCUUAUAAUUAUCAGCUGCAAAAGAACAUGUACAGAUCAGAUUAUUUGAGCAACUUAUUCUAACUUAUGUUUCUACCAUGAUUGCUGCUGUUGAAUAUCACAGAAUGAUGUGAAAAAUGUCCAUUGCCCAUGUAUCUGGAUUUACUUUCCCUGUGAUUUUAUCCAAACUGUAUUUCAAGCACUAGUCACGUUCUUUUAACUGGGUUUCCAUUGAUCUCUUACUCAGGAUUGCUACAAAAUGUUCAGGUUUCAGCUUCAUAUGAGCUACUGUUACAUACUUGACUACUGUCCACUAGCCUUUCUGCAAAAUAGAUCUUUUUGUUAUGUUCUUUUCAAGAUCCUUGCUGAGAGUUCAGAGGCCUCCUACUUUCCUCUGCAAAAGUGAUUAUCUUUUCUUGCAGUUAUUGUAUGCAGGUUGCUCUAGAAAAGGACAACAAAAUGAAAGGCAAUUCCCCUGAAAGAUUGGUUUCAGGAUCUGAUGAUUUUACCAUGUUUCUAUGGAAGCGUGCUGAUGACAACAAUCCCAAACUCAUGACAGGUCAUCAACAGGUAAAAAUUAUAUGAUUGUGACUUUUUCGUCUGAUUGUAAUCUCCUCCGUCCCCUUUUUUUGAUUUUAGGUUGCAGACAGAAAGUGAUUUUCUCCUAUCCAUUUACCCACCCAACUCACCAUGACUGAGGAUCUAUUAACUGGGCCACUUAGGUCACUGCUUGUAAACCAUGUUUGUUUCUCACCUGAUGGACAAUGGAUCGCUAGUGCCUCUUUUGAUAAAUCAGUCAAAUUAUCUAAUGGUACUGCUGGGGAAUCUAUUACUACAUUUCAUGGUCAUGUUGGGCCUGUUUAUCAAAUGAGCUGGUCUGCAGACGGUAGGCUUCUUCUAAGUGGGAGCAAAGACUCCUCCUUGAAGGUAUGGGAUAUACGAACAUGAAAAUUAAAACAAGACCUUCCAGGCCAUGCAGAUGAGGUGUAUGCUGUUGAUUGGAGUCUAGAUGGUGAGAAGGUUGCAUCUGGUGGUAAGGAUAGAGUAUGGAAGUUAUGGAUGGGCUAAAAAAUAACUUGAAGAGACAAAGGUGAAAAUGACAUUGAAGUUAUAGAAUGAUGAACGCAGUGGCUUCCAUCACCAACCAAAUAUCUGAUUUUGAUUUCAUUAAGCGAAGUAUAUUUUAAGUGCAUGUGGAAUAAGAAAAGAAAUGGGUUGAGAUUGGAGGGAAGGUCCUGAUUGCCAAUAUUGCUUAGGGAUGGCAUUGUAGAGCCAUGCAAGGUUUUUAUCAUAGGAACAAAGAUUUAGAAAAUAUUCCUUCUCACAGGUUGGGAUAGAUUGAAUGGAAUGAUGUCAAUUUUUUUUCCUGUAAAAUUUU